AUGUCCAACCUUCCUCUUCCGCAGCUAUACGCGCAAACCUUGACUACCCUCGAUCCGAUCUUUUCCGACGCUGUCUCCUUGUCUGCAGCAUCCACCCAGUCUACUCUGGCGGACGCUCUGGAGAAGCUUCAUAUAAUCCAGAGAUCGUUGAACCUUCUUGGUGUCUACUCUGAUAACGAAGGAUGGGAGGAGCUCAGCGAAGGGGCGCUGGUCUUCAUGACCAUUGGGUGGGUUGUUGCUGGUUGUGAAGAAAAGCGCACAGGAGAGCGUAAAGAGAGAGUGGAAUCGCUAAAGAGGUCUGAGGAUGCAUGCCAACAAUUCGUGGAAGUCCUGACCUCAUACGGUAUCAUCACUCCUGAAGAGAAGGCCGGGUACAAUUUAGACGGACGAACACCAAGCGACCCUGCGAGCCGAAGGGAUGCCAAAAUCCAGCAAUAUAGGAAAGAGAAAGAUUUGAAGGAGAGAGUAUCUGCCAAAGUUAAGCGAUCUGGCGGCUCCUCGCACAUCUCCUUCAUCCUAGCACUUUUACCCGCACCUCCUCGCCAGUCAUCGGGCACCAGCGCCUUCAGUCUUCCGGACCAAGAACCAGAGCAUGAACAGGAUAGACACCUUAUUUUGGACGUCUUGAGAUUGCUCUCUGUCGCGACUUAUUCUGCUUUGUCGUCGAUCAAAAUGGAGUUGGAUAUCCUGUCCUCUGCCCACCUUGAAGAGAUUCCCUCUGAGCCUCCUCGAGACCCUAGACAAGGUGGAAGGGGCGAGGAAGACACGACAUGGCGUCUUGAUGCUCUUCCAGGGCAGAAUGAUCCUGCCAACCUGAUCGCUCCUGGAGGUAAAGUGCUCAAGCCAUUCACCAUUCUGCCGAGCGCAAGUAGGGAGACCGACCGGCAGAAGCUGAAGGGAGAGGUGUUCAGGCAGGGAUGGAGGCUUCCGACAAUGACUAUAGAUCAGUAUCUGCAGAUCGAACAGGAGCGGGGAGGUAUAAUAUCUGGUGGCGGGCAAGCAUCUUAUGAUGCCCCUACGGAGUCUGAGACCCUGAAACUGGAGGCCGAGAUGGACGGUACGGUGUAUGCAGCAGAGCAGGCCGAGAAGAAGAGGUUGAAGGACGAGAACUGGGCGGCUUACACGGAUGAAAAUCAGAAGGGUGCGGGCAACACCACGAACAAGGGGUAG